AUGCGUAAUUAUUAGAUGUGCGACAAUUUUAUAAAAGUACGAUUUUCUGAUGGCUGGGUACGAUGCUUGAGGCUGGUGAGGAGCUCAGUUUAUACUUUACAGCUGGCCGCCUCUGUUGGCUCAAGUGAUCAGCUGACGGCAGACCUCACAACCAUGGCCGGCAUCCUCAGAAAAUUCGCUUUAGCUGCUACACGCAGCACUCUAUCCAGAGUAAAUGUACAGCGCAAUUUGUCUACCACCCUGCGUUCUUUAGCUGUUGCUGUCACCCAGCCGGCCCCCACCUUCAAGGGUCAAGCUGUUGCCGGAGGACAGUUUAAGGAGAUCUCCCUUGAAGAUUACAAGGGCAAAUAUCUUGUGCUCUUCUUCUAUCCUUUGGACUUCACAUUUGUCUGCCCAACUGAAUUAAUUGCGUUCAGCGAGAAUGUUGCAGAUUUUAAUGCUCUCAACUGUGAAGUAUUGGGUGUAUCCACUGACUCUCAUUUUUCUCACUUGGCCUGGGAUAACAUGCCUAGAAAGCAAGGUGGAUUAGGAGGUCUCAAGUAUCCCCUUCUCUCCGAUUUUAACAAAAAUAUCUCUCGUGACUAUGGAGUUCUACUUGAGGAUGCAGGUAUUGCACUUCGUGGGCUGUUUCUUAUUGACCCUGAAGGUGUGCUUCGUCACAUGAGUGUUAAUGAUUUACCUGUUGGCCGUUCAGUUGAAGAAACACUAAGGUUACUCAAAGCAUUCCAGUUUGUUGCUGAACAUGGAGAAGUUUGUCCAGCUAAUUGGCAGCCUGAAUCACCAACCAUCAAGCCUGACCCAAGUGGAUCACUUGAAUACUUUGAUAAGGUCAAUUAAACAGUCACAAGAUACCAAAAAUAUCAACUAAAUAACCUCAUCAAGAUGCUGUAUGUUACUAAGUUAAUAAAACCUUUUUAUUUUGGUAUAACCAAGCUGUUGUUGGUUCAUAGUCAAAUACUUGUGUAGGGAUGAUUCAUAAUACAGGUUGACAACCCUGUAUCCGAAAACCGAAAAGCUCUAAAAACCGAUUUUUUUUUUUUUUU